AUGGAUGAAAUAAUGAACUACAGCGGAGCUCUGAACCUGAGUUCUCCAGCCGAUGGGAUAUUUAGUUUCGAAGACAUCGACAUGAGCGCGGACGGGAGCCCCAUCCUGAGGAUACUCAUCUCCGUGGUGUACUCUGUGGUGUGCGCGAUGGGUCUGGUGGGGAACCUGCUCGUCUUUUUCCUCAUGAGGUUACGCCAAGGUCGGAAGAGGUCGAAGAUCAACGUGUUCAUCAUCAACCUGGCGGUGACGGACUUCCAGUUUGUCCUCACGCUGCCCUUCUGGGCCGUGGACACCGCGCUGGACUUCAGCUGGCCGUUUGGAGACGCCAUGUGCAAAAUCAUCCUCUCCAUCACCGUGAUGAACAUGUACGCGAGCGUGUUCUUCCUCACCGCGAUGAGUGUGACCCGCUACUGGUCGGUGGCCUCUGCCCUGAAGAAGAAAACCUACAGGAGGUCGCGGUGCGUAAAGUGGGUGUGCGCGGUGCUGUGGGUGGCAGCGACCGUGGCCACGGCUCCGACAGCGAUCUUCUCCGCAGUGACCGUCGUCGCCGGGGAGAAGCUCUGCCUCCUCCGGUUCCCUGAAGGACACGACUGGCUCGCCCUCUACCACAUCCAGAAGAUACUGAUCGCCUUCAUCAUCCCCAUGCUCAUCGUCUGCGUCAACUACCUGAUGCUCCUGCGCUUCGUGAGGCAGCGGAGCAUGGGGAGCAGCAACCCCAAGCGCAGGUCCAGAGUCACCAAAUCUGUGGCUAUAGUGGUUUUAUCCUUCUUCUGCUGCUGGAUGCCAAACCACGCCAUCACCUUCUGGGGCGUCCUGGUCAAGUUCAACGCGGUCAACUGGGAUAAGACGUACUACAUGGUGCACACGUACGUGUUCCCGGUCACCGUGUGCCUGGCGCACGCGAACAGCUGUUUGAACCCGGUGCUUUACUGUCUGAUGAGGCCGGAGAUCAGGAAGAUGCUCAGCAGUUUGUUCUGGAGAGUGCCCACUCCGUCCACGAGCCGGGGCUGCGCGACGCGCUCUUUUACGCAGGGGGAGACGCAGGCUGUGGUGCCUCUCCAGAUUAUGGACAACGGAGAGUACACGCUGUCCAUCAUUGACCGGAAAGGAGUCUCCAACUCCAAAAUGAUCCCGCACACCAGAUAAACUCAGUCUGAGAGAAAACACGUGGAGUCUGAUACUUUACUUUGCUAUGCAGGUUCCCACAUUACAUUACACCAUGUUGACACUUCAUCAUCAUCAU